AUGGUACCAGACACCCUGUCCAUGGCUUACUCCUGGGCCUCUUGUCGCCCUCCCCGCCCUGUCGCCACUGCGAACUCUUCUGUGCUGUUCCAGUUCUUCCUGACCCUCGACAGUGGGUACCCGGAACUGCAGGACUGGCUUCUCUUCCCAACAGUGACCAGAAACCUUUCUGUCUUGCCUCUCCUAGUUGGUGCCAACACCCCGACCGCCUGCUGCUUCCUGUACAUCUCCCGGCAGAUUCCAUGCAAGUUUGUGAAUGACUACUAUGAGACCAGCAGCCAGUGCUACAAGCCAGGCAUCAUCUUCCAGACCAAGAGAGACUGCCAGGUCUGUGCUGACCCCAGUGAGACCUGGGUCCAGGAGUACAUCUCUGAACUGGAGAUGAAUGCCUGAAUGGCCAGAGCUGCGCGCAGGCUGGAUCCUGCUCCCUCAGGCCCAACCACACCCUGGGGCCCUGCUGGAGUUUCAGUUUCUGUGCUGUAUUUAGUGUUCUCACUCCUGGCCAUUGCUGAAUGGGGGUAUGCAGGACAAGUGUUCUGUGGCGUCCCAUGACAUCCUCUGGCUUCUCCCUCCCUCCAACUCUUCUUGCUUUCACUAUAUUCACUCUUUGCAGGAACUAUCCCAGGGACAUCAAGGACAAAUGCUUACUGGAUGCUUUUGUCCAGCUCCAUGUCUAAUUAUUAAAGGUA